UGCGAUUCCUCACCACUCUCCAUCUCCCCCUUCGCCGAAACCCUAACCCGAUCCCGAUCCCGAUCCCGAUCCCCCACUCUCUCCCCCUCAUCUCUUCCCCUCUCGUCCUCUCCAAGCAAGAUCGCCCCCGAAUCCGUCGCCCGUGGAGCUUCGGAUUGGUCUCCACCGCGAGGAGAGGGGUCUCCGGGGAGGCGGUUCUGGAUCCGGUCGCGGAGGGAGGCGACGAUCGCGGCGUACACGCCGUUCGUGGUGUGCUUGGCGGCGGGGGGGCUGGAGAUGGAGACUUUUCGAGGCUACGUCGCUCAGGACGUUCACUUCCUCAACGCGUUUGCUAAAGCCUAUGAGAUGGCGGGGGAAUGCGCGGAUGAUGAUGAUGCCAAGGCCACGAUAAAUGAGCUGAGAAAUGCUGUAUUGGAUGAACUGAAAAUGCAUAAUUCAGUUGUCCAGGAAUGGGGAAUCGAUCCAACAAAGGAGAUUAUUCCUAACGCCACUACGAAAAAGUAUAUAGAUUUCCUGAUUGGGACAGCAUCUGGAAAAGUUGAUGGAGGGAAAGGUACUGGAAAAAUUGCUACCCCUUUUGAAAAGACAAAACUCGCAGCUUAUACUGUAGGCGCUAUGGCUCCUUGCAUGAGACUUUAUGCAUUCUUGGGCAAAGAACUUCAAGUAUUCCUGAAACAAGAUCAAAAUAGUCAUCCCUAUAAGAAGUGGAUAGAGAAUUACUCAUCUAAAUCUUUUGAGGAUGCUGCCCUGCAAAUAGAAGAGUUGCUUGACAAAUUAAGUGUUUCGUUUACCGGUGAAGAGCUUGAAGUUGUAGGAAAGCUUUACCACCAAGCUAUGAAACUAGAAGUUGAAUUCUUUUCUGCUCAGCCAGUUGUUCAACCUACUGUAGUUCCUUUGACAAAGCUGCACGACCCGAACAAUCGACUUGUUAUCUUUUCUGAUUUUGACUUGACAUGCACGCUUGUUGAUUCUUCCACCAUUUUGGCUGAGAUUGCAAUAUUGAGUGCACCGAAGGUUGAUCAGAGUGAAACCAAUAGCUCGCUUGCUAGGAAAUCAUCAUCAGAUAUGAGGAAUUUGUGGGGUGCUCUCUCAAAACAGUACACUGAAGAGUACAAGCAAUGCAUGGAGAGUAUACUAUCAUCUGAAGAAGCAAAGAAGUUUGACUAUGAAAACCUGUGCCGAAGUCUGCAUCUGCUGUCUGAUUUUGAGAAAAGGGCAAAUUCUAGGGUUAUUGAUUCUGGAAUGUUGGAAGGUGCGAACUUAGAUGAUGUUAAAAGAGCAGGGGAACGGCUGAUUCUUCAAACUGGUUGUGCUAGUUUCUUCCAACGGAUUGUGAGUGUGAAGGAAAAGUUUAAUGUGGAUCUCCAUGUUCUUUCAUAUUGUUGGUGCGGAGAUCUGAUACGGUCGGCCUUUUCAUCAGUUGGUCGCCCUAGCGAUUUAAGCGUACAUGCAAAUGAGUUCACCUACGAAAAAGGUGUUUCAACCAGAGAAAUAGUCAGAAGGAUAGAGACCCCUCUCGACAAGGUUGAAGCUUUCAAAACCAUCAUCAGCAAGCUUCCUAGCGAUGGGAAGCACUUGUCAGUGUAUAUAGGAGACUCGGCAGGCGACUUGCUAUGCUUACUGGAAGCAGAUGUAGGAAUCGUGAUUGGAUCAAGCACGACCUUGAGGAGGGUGGGGAAGCACUUUGGUGUUUCUUUUGCUCCAUUAUACCCCGGUUUGGUAAAUAAACAGAUGCAACUCGAUAGAGAUGGCUCAUCUAUGUGGAAGGGCUUGUGCGGCGUCCUCUAUACAGUUUCUAGCUGGUCGGAAAUAGAAGCCUUUAUUCUUGGGGCAUGAUGUUUUUGCUUGCAGUUCCUACCUUCCUAUUAUAGUUUACUUUCUCUCUCUCAAAAAGAGAGAAAGAGAGAGAGAGAAGAAAAAAAUCUAUAGAAUUCUACCUGUGGCGCCACUUUUAACGAAGAAGCUUUGGAGCAAUUUGGCCCCUAAUUUUUUGCGCCUAAAAUAUUACCUCAAAAGGAAGAAUUGCUGUGUCGAGACAUGCAACUAUCUGAUGCUCGAACUCGCGUUGCCUAUCCUUGUUUUAUAUCUCUUCAGUGUAAAUUUGUAUCUGUUUGUUAAAAGAUAUUUUUGUGAGUAGUGAAAUGUUAGUAGCAGCGAACAUUCUGUUGUUGUAAUGUGAACCGGUUAGUCGUAAGAUGACACUCUGUUUUCAACAAAGCUGCUAUGAGACUUUGUUUCGAA